ACGCCUUAAAGGGCCCGCGCCCCCCGGGGCGAUGCGGCCGCGCCGCCGGGUGCGGGCCCGGCCGGUGGCCGCAGCAUGAGCCGCUGCGCGGGGCUGGGCCGCGCGGGCCUCGCGCUCGGCGUCACGUCGUGCGCCUGCCUCCUGCUGCUGCUGCCCCGCGCCGCCCCGCCGCCGCCGCCCGGCCCCCGCCCCGGGCCCGCCCCCGCCCGCCGCCACCCCGGCCCCGGCCCCGGCCCCGGCCCCACGGCGCGCCCAGGCCAGGCGGCGGCCGAGAGCGGCGCGGGCGCGGGCCGCGGGGAGCGCCUGGCGCUCGCCGACAUCUUCAUCGCCGUCAAGACCACGCGCCAGUUCCACCGCUCCCGCCUCGACCUGCUGCUGCGCACCUGGAUCUCCCGCGCGCGCGCCCAGACCUUCAUCUUCACGGACUGGGAGGACCGCGAGCUGCGCCUGCGAGCAGGCGACCGCGUGAUCAACACCAACUGCUCCGCCGUGCACACGCGCCAGGCCCUGUGCUGCAAGAUGUCCGUGGAGUACGACAAGUUCCUGGAGUCCGGGCAGAAGUGGUUUUGCCACGUCGACGACGACAACUACGUGAACCCCCGGGCGCUCCUGCGCCUCCUGUCUGCCUUCUCGCACAGCCAGGACGUCUACGUGGGAAGGCCAAGCCUGGACCACCCCAUGGAGGCGGCGGACCACGCGCGGAGCGACGGAUCAACCACCGUGAAGUUCUGGUUUGCCACCGGCGGGGCAGGGUUCUGCAUCAGCCGGGGCCUGGCCCUGAAGAUGAGCCCCUGGGCCAGCUUGGGCAACUUCAUCAGCACUGCGGAGAGGGUCCGUCUGCCCGACGACUGCACCAUCGGCUACAUCAUUGAGGGGCUGCUGGACGUGAGGCUGCUGCACAGCCCCCUGUUCCACUCCCACCUGGAGAAUCUGCAGAGGCUGCAAGGCGAGGCAGUGCUGCAGCAGGUCACCCUGAGUUACGGAGGCCCCGAGAACAAGCACAAUGUUGUGAGCGUGGGAGGAGCGUUCGGCCUGCAGCAGGAUCCAACGCGAUUCAGAUCUGUUCACUGUCUCCUCUACCCUGACACUACCUGGUGCCCGUCUAAGAAGACUCUGUGACUUCUGGCUUGUCUCUGACAGCUGGUGCCUUACCUGCCCUGCACGAAACCGGGCAGGCCCAGGCUGAGAUCAGUACAUCGCUUCCUGGGCAGGUGCACAAAGCAGUCUGCAGCAGCGCCGCCUUCCCCUCAAGCCACGUGGGGGGAGAUGUCACCUGGAGCCAUUCGGACGCAAAGCUCUCCCGCUCCUGGCCCCGUGGUCUCAGCUCUUCAUGUUGUGCCAGGCUGGGGGGCACCAGUCCCGUCCACCCUCCAGAAAGGCAGUGGAGGGGAACGCAGUACCAGGAAGCGCAGCAGUGGCACUGCCAGCGUGGGAGGGCUCCCAUGCAGGAGGGAAGGGCGGGGUUUUCAUUUAGGCCCAGGGUCUGCGCCCUAGCAGGAAGAGCCAGAGACCUCUCAAAGCCCAACGCCAGCCCUGGUGCAGGCACGGCUCGGCAUCGGAAGUACUUGGCGCGAGCUCUCCGCUCGGCCCCUCGGCUCUGAAGUUUGAGCCUGGCCCGUGGAGGCUGCCUGCUGUAUUGGUGGGUCCUGUGGCAAGCUGCCGGGCCUGAGCUGUUUGGUCUCUGCUCAGUUGUGCCUGGGUGGCGGGGAAACGCCGGCUGCUGCGCUCCCCAGGCCCAGGGCCUGCCCGCGGUUCAUUUUCUCCAUGUUGCCCAUACACUUGUAAGAGGCUUCUGGGGCCUGACAGACCUCCCCUGGCUUCCAGCCCUGGGAGCAGCAGAGGGGCGGGUAGGUGCCCAGAGCUGCCUCCCCCUGCCGUCCGCGCUUGCCCCCCUGUGGGCGUGGGGCAGGAACGCGGCGGGCCCAGCUGCCCCACGGCCCUUGGCUUCCCACCGGGUUCGAGGGCUGAGCCUUGGCUUCCUGCAGCGAAGCGGCCCAGCUCUGCGUCGCCCCGUGGCUGGACUCAGCCCUGGGCAUGGGCUCCGCCUUGUUUGGGGCUGGACGUGCGGCACGGGCAAGCGGGGGCCUGGCUGCAGUGGGGGCGGAGGGGAGCAGGGCCAGGCACAGGCCUGGUGCCCUUGUCGGGAAGCGGUGUGGCCCCCUCCCUGCCCCUCAAUAAACGUAUUUAAGAGCC